AUGAAGGAUCAAUUCCUAAGUGAGGCAACAAAACUUGCAACUAUCUGCACAUGUCAAAAAAAAGCACAGACAAAUGAUAAACUGCUGAAAUGUCAUAAUGAACAGUGCUCAAAUGGUAAAUUUUUUCAUCUGUCAUGCAUGUCUUACAAACGUUAUCCAAUCAAUGCAAGAACAACCUGGCUUUGCUAUAACUGCAAGAUUACAGCACCUAAAAGUAGACCAUCAACACCAGCUCAAGGGAAUUCUGAUUUGGUAGGAGAACCAGCUGGAACACCCGAUAGUGUAAUGUCAGCCCCUAUUAUUAAUGAUUCAAGCUCCCAAAGUGAUAAUGAUUUGAAGGCAGAUUCACCUGCAACACCAAUCAACAUCGGUGCAAACACCCCACAGGAUAGUGAUGUGGAAGGAGAAUCAUCCCCAAAUCCUGACCCAGAUGUUUUGUUUGUCAAAGAAACUGUCAAUACAAAUGUUAAUAAGACGGGUUCACUAGGGAAUCUGACUGAAAGAGAAUUUGCAUUGAUAGAGGAUACACAUGGCUGGUUAGACUGUUCUAUAAUCCACCAGGCACAAAUCUACCUCAAACAGUUAAAUCCGAACAUUGGUACUUGAACUUUUUAAAGGAUAGAAAACAAAGGGUAUGUUGUAACAACUUUGAGUGUGACUGGAAACCGGUCAACCAAGGGACAACUCAAGGUAGCGUUAGCGGUCCUUACCUUUUUAAUAUCUUCCUCAAUGAUCUUAACAUCACUUUAGGUAAUCAUGACGCGCUAUUUAAGUACGCUGAUGACUCGACAAUUAUUGCUCCUGUAUGGAAGGAGGUAGACUACUCCGAUCAGUUAGUGUCACAGUUUUUAGAUUGGACGAAUACAAAUGGAAUGUCUUGCAACCCAAGCAAAUGUAAAGAGUUGAAGAUCAAAAAGAGAGGCAACCACGAUCUCUAUUCACCCAUUGGGAUGAUACCAAGCUGUAAAGAAGUUGAGAUUUUGGGCGUCACCUUCCAAUGUGACAGCAAAUUUUCAGUGCACGUGAAGAACAAACUUAUUAAAGCUAACAAAUCCCUACAUAUCCUUAGAACGCUGCGCAAAGAAGGGUACAAUCAGUCAGAAAUAGACCUUCUCUUUAAUACUAUAGUUCUACCUAAUAUUAAUUACGCAUUAUCUGUCUACGCCGCGUCCGAGUCCGAUCUUACACCCGUACAAUGUUUCUUAGACCGCUGUUUUAAAAGGAAAUAUACGUCUAAGCCUGUAAGUGUUUAUGAUUUCUUAGAGAGGCAAGACCGUAAAAUUUUCAAAAAAGUUUUUAAUGCCAAAGGACAUCCACUUUUAUCUAUUAUGCUUCGUGUUAAACCCUCCAGCUACAAUCUUAGAAAAGAAACUAGUUUUAAACCUAAGAUUAACACUAUGCGCUUUAAAAACUCUUUUAUUAAUCGUUUAGUUUUUAAAUAUGAAUUAGCUAUGUAAUAUACUAGAUAUAUAUACCGGUAUAUAUUUUUUAUUUCUUACUUUUUAACUUUUUAAAUUUCUUACACUUACUUGUAACAAAAGAUAUGUAUUUUUAUCUCUUGAUGAAUAAAGACUUUAUUAUUAUUAUUAUUGAAGGAUUUCAAAGGCCAACACUUGGUCCAGUAAGAGCCUUUGACAUUAUCAGUGGUGAAUUCAUACAGAUUUUGAACACUGGAGGUAACCACUGGGUAUGUUUAAGUUCCAUUGGUUGCUCCAGUGGCCAUGUUAAUUUAUAUGACAGUUUUUUUCAUGAUGUUGUCUGUGACGACAUUGAGGAACAGGCAAGAAGUCUACUCGGACAGGACUUCAGGGGAAUUAAUGUUGUCCCUAUUCAGCAGCAACUAAAUGGAUCUGACUGUGGGAUAUUUGCUAUAGCAUUUGCUACGAGCCUUGUUUUUAUGCAAGACCCCUUGAGUAUUCAA